CAUCUAUCAUACGAGUGAAAACUUACCAUUGUAAUUGUUUAGGUUUAGACUUUGGACAAUACAUUUAGAGUUUAGAGAUUUUUCAACAAUACUAAUGUACAGUUAUAUUUGUUUAUAUAUUGUUUGAACAAUUUAUAAUUUUUCGCUUAAUAACAUAUAAUUUUUUUACAUUGAAACGCUGUGUUUCAAAUUCUAAAAAUGUUGCGGCCGUUUUUCUCCAAACCAGGAGAAAGCAUGUGGCAGGAGGAUAAACCUGAUAUCGAUGCCCAUUCGUCAACACAAUUUGUUUACAAUGCGCAUCAUUCACUUGCACUUGACAUGCAGCGUCAACGACUACCCAUCUUCAAAAACAAAGAUCACAUUAUUUACUUAUUGGAGAAAUAUCAGACCUUGGUUCUAGUGGGUGAAACAGGUUGUGGUAAAAGCACACAAGUGCCUCAGUAUCUUCUUGAAGCAGGAUGGUGCGCAGAUGGGAAGAAGAUCGGCAUCACGGAACCCAGAAGAGUCGCUGCCACCUCCUUAGCGAAUCGCGUGGCCGAUGAACGCAAUUGCAUUCUAGGGACCACUGUAGGCUACUGCAUACGCUUCGAUGAUUAUACUGAUGAAACGACCAAGAUUAAGUACAUGACAGAGGGUAUUCUUCUAAGAGAAUUAAUGAGCGACCCGUUAUUAACAAGCUACUCGAUAAUUAUCUUGGACGAGGUGCACGAAAGAACACUCUUGACUGAUAUCAUAAUGGGAUUAUUGAAAAAAAUAAUCAGGAAACGGAAGAGUCUGAGAAUUAUCGUUUCAUCGGCGACGGUUGAUGCGGAGACUUCGAGAUUUUUUGACAUAAAUACGACCAAAGAUUCUAGCAAAGGUACUGCUACUAUCAUGAGUGUCGAGGGGCGAUUAUAUCCAGUGGAUAUCUUCUUUCUGAAAGAGCCAGUGGCAAAUUACGUUAACGGCGUAGUAGACACCGUUCUAAAAAUACACGAAACGGAGGAAUCGGGCGACAUCCUGGCAUUUCUCACCGGACUCGAUGAAGUUGAUCAAGCCGUCUCUCUCUUAUUGGAACAUGCGAAGCUUAUAAAAGACGGCAAACAGAAACUACUUCCAUUACCAAUGUACGGAUCACUUCCCAACGCAGAACAGCUGAAGGUAUUCUGGAAGGUCGCUAAAGACACUCGCAAAGUUGUCGUGGCAACUAACAUUGCGGAAACAUCUAUCACCAUUCCAAAUAUUGUUUAUGUAAUCGAUUGCGGUUUCGUCAAGAUACCUUGGUUUGAAGCGGAAACCCAGACGAAUAGCCUUGUUAUCGUACCCGUAUCAAGAGCUUCCGCUGACCAACGAGCUGGUCGUGCAGGUCGCAUCCGUACAGGAAAAGCAUUUAGAUUAUAUACAGAGGAGGCUUGCGCUGGAUUGUUCGAGGCCACUCCACCGGAAAUGCAACGAUCGGAUUUAGCCCCAGCGAUUCUACAAUUAAAAGCACUGGGCAUCGACAACGUGUUGCGAUUCAAUUUUCCGUCUGCUCCUCCAAGCAAGAAUCUAGUCAUGGGAUUAGAGUUGCUUUAUGCAUUAGGUGCAAUCGACAAUAACGGAGAUUUGACGACACCAUUAGGUUUGACGAUGGCAGAGCUGCCUUUAGAACCGGUGCUGGCGAAAUCCUUAAUCGUUUCUGGUGAAAUGGGAUGUUCUGACGAAAUCACAACGAUAUUCGCCAUGCUGCAAGUUCAGAAUGUUUUUAUACAACCCGGCGGAGGACAAGCGGCUCUGAAAGCGAGAAUAGCGCAUCGAAAGUUCGAGGUGGAAGAGGGAGAUCUUCUUACCUUGCUAAAUGUUUAUACAGCUUUUGAGCGCAAUAAAACACCCGCCUGGUGCCAAAAACAUUUUCUCAAUCACAAGGCUUUGCGGAGAGCCACAGAGAUUCGUAUGCAGAUGCACAAGAUGUUGAAACGUUUGGACAUUUCGUUAACUUCCUGCAAUGGGAAUGUUCAACAAAUUCUCAAGUGUCUAACAGCCGGUUUCUUUCCUAAAGCAGCAUAUUUACACUAUACAGGUAUAUAUAGAACUGUUCGAGGUGAUAAGGAUUUAUAUAUUCAUCCAAAUAGCUGCUUAUAUACUCUGCAACAACCACAAUGGUUACUGUUUUGUGAAAUUUUACAAACGAAUAAAACUUAUAUGAAGGAUCUAACUGUUAUUCAACCAGAAAUGUUAUUGGAAGCAGCGCCACAUUUUUAUGAAAGUACAUCAAUUGAAUCUGUGUAGAAUAUGACGAUAGUAGAGUAGAUGUACAUAAGCAACAGUAUUAUCCAAUAUAUGUAAGAUAAUAUAAUAUGUAAUAUAAUAUGUAAAAAAUUGUCUAU